AAGGCUAAAUUGACAUUGGGUGCAUCGGUUGUCUUCUGCUGCGGCACCGUUUAUGGUGUCCAUUAUUUGCAGCGCUUCGAGAAGGAGCUGAUGCGACAAGGGCUGGAAAAGGACGAUGAGCGACGACAGAAGUUACAGCAACGGGAAGAAAAUAUGCGCGAAUUGGAAGAGCAGCAGGCAUUACAUAAGGAGCUAUUAAAAACACAAAAAGUAUCCAAC